AUGUCUCUUUUUUUGAUGUCAAACUUAAGUACCUCUAUAUUUGUUCUCACUGGAUUUCCUGGCCUUGAAGUCUACUAUAUCUUGUUUGCCAUUCCUUUCUCAGUCAUCUAUGCAAUGGUCUUCCUGGGAAACUGCAUGAUACUUCAUGUGAUCCGGACAGAGCCAAGCCUGCACCAGCCCAUGUUCUAUUUCUUGGCCAUGUUAGCCCUCACAGACCUUUGCAUGGGGCUGUCCACUGUGCACACGGUGCUGGGCAUCCUUUGGAGCUUCCUUCAAGAGAUCAGCCUUGAUGCCUGCAUUGCACAGUCUUACUUCAUUCAUGGUUUGUCCUUCAUGGAGUCCUCGGUCCUCCUCGCCAUGUCCCUUGACCGCUACAUUGCCAUUUGCAACCCUCUACGCUAUUCCUCCAUCCUAACCAAUGACAGAAUCAUAAAAAUUGGAGUGGCCAUUUUAUGUAGGAGUUCUAUGCUCAUUCCUCCAGUUAUUAUCCGCCUGAAGUUCUUAAAUUACUGCCGGCCUCAUUUCCUCUCCCACUCUUUCUGCCUGCACCAAGACUUGAUUCGACUGUCAUGUUCAGAUAUCCGCUUUAACAGUUUCUAUGCUCUGUCUCUGGUGAUUUGCACCCUGUUGCUGGAUGCAGUGCUCAUUCUUGCCUCCUAUGUGAUGAUCCUGCACACAGUUCUGUCCAUUGCAUCCCGGGAGGAGAGAAUCAAGUCUUUGCAAACGUGUGUAUCUCACAUCUCUGCCGUUUUGGUUUUCUACAUCCCCAUCAUUGGUCUGACCAUGGUUCACCGCUUUGGGAAGCAUCUCUCUCCACUGGUUCAGGUCCUCAUGGGCAACGUCUACAUCCUUUUCCCACCCUUGAUGAACCCCAUUAUAUACAGUAUCAAGACUCAACAGAUACGAGUGAGAAUCCAGAGACUGUUUUCCUUGAAUGGAACCUAA